AUGGCCUUGGUUUUCCGCAGGGCCUGCCCUGGAGUGACAGGGCCAGGCCCAGAGGAGAUGCGCAGACAUCUCUUUAAGGAGGGGGAUGCGUCCGAGGAACAGGAAAUGAUGGCAUCCACUCCCCACCGGCCUCGGUCCGCCUUCCCCACUCCCCCGGACUUUGGCUCGGCGUUCCAGUACGGCUACAACAUCGCCGUGGUUAUCAUGCCACACAAGGUCUUGAAGCCCUUUUAUAACGAAACCUACUUCAAGUGACACGGAGCCUUCGUGGACGAGAAGGUCAUGCUGCUGCUGCGGUCCUGCACCGUGUCCAUGCACCCUCUGGGUGGCUUGGUGGGGUCCCUGGUUGUUGGCCUGCUGGUUGACAAAUGUGGCAGAAAGGGAACCCUGCUGAUCAACAAUGUCUUCGCCAUCAUCCCCGCCAUCCUGAUGGGACUCAGCAAAGCGGCCAAAGCUUUCGAGCUGAUCACCCUUUCUCGAGGGGUGCUGGGAGUCUGUGCAGAUAUCUUCUACAGCGCCCUUCCCAUGUACCUGGGAGAGUUAGCUCCCAAGAACCUUAGGGGAGCUCUAGGAACAAUAACAGAGGUUUCUGUCAUUGUGGGAACCUUCCUGGCACAGAUCUUCAGUCUGCAAGCCAUCCUGGGUAACCUUACAGGCUGGCCUGUGCUCUUGGCACUCACGGGGGUCCCCACACUGUUUCAGCUCCUCUCUCUGCCCGUCUUCCCUGAGAGCCUGAGGUACACCUUGAUUCAAAAAAGAGAUGAAGAAACAGCUCAGCAAGCUCUGAGGAAACUGAGAGGCUGUACAGACGUGGAAGAUGAGGUGGAAGAAACGCACGUCGGACCAGCCGAGAGGGCCGAGGGCUGUCCGUCUGUGCUCAGCCUCUUCACAUUUCGGCCUGUCCGCUGGCAGCUGGUCUCCUUCGUCGUGCUCAUGGCCAGCCAGCAGCUCUCAGGGGUCAACACGGCAGGGCUACGUGUGGACGUGAUCUACGCAUCGGCUGGCAUGGAGGCAGCCCACGCCCAGUGUGUAACAGUGGGUGCCAGCGUGGUCAACAUCUGCUACAUCGUCGCACCUAGGACCCUCUUCCCCAUCGUCCUACCUGGAGAAACCCAAGCCAGAACGACAGGGGCGCCUCCCUCUCUCUCCCUGAGGAGCAGCGUCUGGGGCCGCUGGGAGGACAGAGGCAACAUGAGUACCAUGACCCUACAGGGCCUGGCAUGGAGUGAUGGUGCGGCCUGGAUGAUGGCGCUGCUGUGGUUGCUGCUGCGGGGGGGCAAGACGGCACUUCAGGAGAGGCUGAAGAGGGAGCGGGGGCCCAGGCCCGAGAAUUCCACCCUCUCCCCACGCCCCCACCCCCUGCGCCGCGGCUCCCCACCGCCCUCCCUUCCCCUCCCCGCGGGCACCGCGGAGCGGCUGGGGCGGCGGCGCCUCCUGCUGGUCGGCUGCGGCACCUGCGGCUCGGCCUGCCUCCCGCGGACGCGCCCUCGACGGGAUGGGAGGCACAGACAGCCCUGCCUCUUGUCACUGAGCAUGUCUUACCUUGGCAUCAUCUGCGUCUUCACCUACGUCGCGGGACAGUCCAGCGGGUCCAGUCCCGUCCCCUCCGUGGUGAGGACCGAGAGCGUCCUGCAGUGCUCGCGGCGGGCACCUUUGUUGGUGGACGGGGCUGUGCAUUGGCUCACCAUCCUCAUCGUGGGCUUCGUGUUCCCAUCCAUUCAGGAGAUCAUUGGUGCCUACAGUUUCAUCAUCUUUGCAGGAAUCUGCCUCCUCACUGCUAUUUACAUCUACAUGGUCAUUCCCGAGACCAAGGGCUGAACAUUUAUGGAGAUAAAUAGAAGUUUUGCCAAGAGAAACAGAGUGGAGCUUCCAGAGAAGAAAGAAGAAAUCACAGAUGCUGGGCCUCACGUACCAUCUCUGCCUGCCAGGGAGACUUCAUUUUUUUAGGGGCUCCACACGUCCCCCAGGCGCCGUGUUCAAGGCUUCCUUCUCUGAGGAAGGGACUCCCUGCCCCGGAUCUCGAGGGAGGAUAACCCCUGCAAGAUUUCUGUGCCCACAGUGGCAACUGGAAGACUUUGGAAAGUUUGGUCCCUGAUUUAGUUGAGAAGCAAGUAGCUUCCAACGCUAACCCUGGGAGGAAUGACCUGGGAGGAGUGACCUAGGAGGACGGGCAGGUACCUGAGUAUCGAUUGGCAAGAGUAGAUUCUCCGAUUCUACAUCAGCAUCAAAACGCAAA